UGCUCUCCAGUUUAAUUCUGGACCUGAUCUCAUCACCGAAGUCCGUUACUCGGUCCCCGCCGCUGCCCCCUUUUCUCCGACACGCCGGCAUCAACCUGACCCCGGGCUUUGCUUCGCGCACCGGGCCCGGCUGCGGGAGCGGCCGGCGAGGUGCCGUGUCGUGCCGACCCGAGCCGAGCCGAGCCGAGCCGAGCCGAGCCGAGCCGAGCCGAGCCGAGCCCCGCCGCUGCGCGCAGAGGGCCGCGACCGCGCUCGGCAGGAGGGAGCAACACGGCGCAUCCUGCUCGCUCCGCUCCUCUCCGCGCAGCCCAGCCCGGCCCGGCCCCGCGGUACCUGUCACCGGGCCGGGCCCGCUGAUGCAGGUGCCAUUCAGCUGAAUUUCUCUUUGGCUGUCCAUAAAAUCAGAAACAGAAGGAUGCAGAAGACUAUCCCUUGCCUUUUUGUACAUGAGUGAUAAGAGCACAAUAUCAUUACUACAAGUUUGAUGCAAAGAUGAGUUCAGAGGAGAAGAGUAUAUCUCCAGCUCACAAAACAUCCACUCCAUCACAUAGAAGUGCCUCCUCUUCAUCAUCAUCUCAGAGGGACAGGAGGCAGAGUGUUCAUAUUUUGGAGCGGAAGGCUUCUUCAGGAAGCACAGACCCUUCUUUAAGCAAGCAGUUCCUUGAAAGCGACCCUAUCUCUCUAUCCAAGGAACCUGAUAGCUGGGAAAUCAUAGAGGGUCUGAAAAUAGGCCAGACCAAUGUCCAGAAGCCAGACAAACAUGAAGGUUUCAUGCUGAAAAAGAGAAAAUGGCCUUUAAAAGGUUGGCACAAGAGGUUUUUUGUCCUGGAUAAUGGAAUGUUGAAAUAUUCAAAAUCACCGAUUGAUAUACAGAAAGGCAAAGUCCAUGGGAGCAUUGAUGUCGGUUUAUCUGUUAUGUCUAUAAAAAAGAAGGCUCGCAGAAUAGAUCUUGACACAGAAGAACACAUCUAUCAUCUGAAGGUGAAGUCCCAGGAUUCAUUUGAUGCAUGGGUUUCAAAAUUACGCCACCACCGAUUGUACCGUCAGAAUGAGAUUGUGAGAUCUCCAAGGGAUGCUAGCUUUCAUAUAUUCCCUUCAGCUUCUACUACAGAGUCUUCACCAGCUGCUAAUGCAUCGGAUGGAAAAGUGCAACAAAAUAGCUUCCCUUGGCAGUCUCCUAUACCUUGCAGUAACAGCCUUCCUGCUACCUGCACUACUGGUCAGAGUAAAGUAGCAGCCUGGUUGCAGGACUCUGAAGAGAUGGACAGAUGUGCAGAAGAUCUUGCUCAUUGUCAGUCAAACCUUGUGGAACUCAGUAAACUUCUUCAAAAUUUAGAGAUACUACAAAGAACUCAGUCAGCACCAAAUUUCACAGACAUGCAGGCUAACUGUGUAGAUAUUUCAAAGAAAGACAAGCGGGUCACGAGACGAUGGAGAACAAAAAGUGUCAGCAAAGAUGCAAAAAUUCAACUUCAGGAAGGGCCGGCACCGAAGGGCCAGUUCAGCACAACACGACGCCGGCAGAGACUAGCAGCUGCAGUGGCUACAACAGUCCCUUUCAGUGCUACAAUGUCACCUGUUCGACUUCAUUCAUCCAAUCCCAACCUUUGUGCAGACAUUGAGUUUCAGACUCCCCCAAGCCAUGUAACGGACCCUCUGGAGUGCUCUACUGAGUACAUGAAGCUUCAAGAAGAAUUCUGCCUGAUGGCACAAAAAGUGCAUUCUCUUUUGAAGUCUGCCUUUAACAGCAUAGCUAUAGAGAAGGAGAAGCUUAAGCAGAUUGUUUCAGAGCAGGAUCUUACAGGCCACAAUGCUCAAAUAGCACACCUCAGACAGUCCCUCUCUCAGGCUCUCAACCAGAAUGCUGAACUAAGGAGUCGCUUGAACAGAAUACAUUCAGAAUCUGUUAUUUGUGAUCAGGUUGUCAGUGUAAAUAUUAUCCCUAGUCCUGAUGAGACGGGUGAACAAAUUCAUGUCAGUUUGCCACUGUCUCAGCAAGUUUCUAAUGAGAGCAGGCUCUCUAUGUCUGAAUCCGUUUCAGAGUUCUUUGAUGCACAGGAAGUGCUUCUGUCUGCCAGUUCUUCAGAAAAUGAGGCUUCUGAUGAUGAAUCUUAUAUCAGUGAUGUGAGUGAUAACAUAUCUGAGGACAACACCAGUGUUGCAGACAACAUUUCCCGGCAAAUUCUUAAUGGUGAGCUAACAGGAGGUGCAUUUAGGAAUGGACGGAGAACUUGUCUCCCAGCUCCCAGCCCUGACACCAGUAACAUAAAUCUGUGGAAUAUUUUGAGAAAUAAUAUUGGCAAAGAUCUUUCCAAAGUAUCCAUGCCAGUUGAGCUAAAUGAACCUCUGAAUACCUUGCAACAUCUUUGUGAAGAACUGGAAUACAGUGAACUCUUGGACAAGGCUGCUGAGACAGAUGAUCCUUAUGAACGCAUGGUUCUCAUAGCUGCUUUUGCAGCAUCAGGCUAUGCCUCUACAUACUUUAGAGCAGGAAGCAAGCCAUUUAACCCAGUGCUUGGUGAAACUUAUGAAUGUAUUAGAGAAGACAAAGGAUUUCGUUUUUUCUCAGAGCAGGUUAGCCACCAUCCUCCCAUUUCGGCCUGUCACUGUGAAUCGAAGAACUUUGUGUUUUGGCAAGAUAUCAGGUGGAAAAACAAAUUCUGGGGAAAAUCAAUGGAAAUUCUGCCAGUUGGAACCCUGAAUGUGACUCUUCCAAAGUAUGGAGACUACUAUGUCUGGAACAAAGUCACUACUUGCAUACAUAAUAUUCUUAGUGGAAGGAGGUGGAUAGAACACUAUGGAGAGAUAACUAUCAGAAACACAAAAAGCAGUGUUUGUAUUUGUAAACUCACAUUUGUCAAGGUGAACUACUGGAAUUCAAAUGUAAAUGAGGUCCAGGGUGUUGUGAUAGAUCAAGAAGGGAAAGUGGUUCAUCGCCUUUUUGGAAAGUGGCAUGAAGGCCUCUAUUGUGGGGUUGCACCUUCAGCCAAAUGCAUAUGGAGGCCAGGCUCCAUGCCAACCAAUUAUGAACGUUAUUAUGGCUUCACGAGGUUUGCUAUUGAACUCAAUGAAUUAGAUCCUUUACUGAAAGAUCUUCUUCCUACAACAGAUGCACGAUUCAGGCCAGAUCAAAGGCUUCUGGAGGAAGGAAAUAUAGAAGCGGCAUCAUCUGAGAAACAAAGAAUAGAGGAACUCCAGAGAGGUCGGAGGCGGUACAUGGAAGAAAACAGCAUUGAAUAUGUACCCAAAUUUUUUAAAAAAGUUAUUGACGCUAAUCAAAGAGAAGCCUGGGUUACCAAUGACACCUACUGGGAACUACGAAAGGAUCCUGGCUUUAGUAAAGUAGAAAUUCCAGUACUCUGGUAAACUGAGAAUGUAGAUCUAGUAAACAUAUCACUCUGAAGAAAAAAAUAACUAUGCACAAUAUGUUUCUUAUAGCUAAGCGUGGUUUAUGGGUCUACGGAAAAACCUAUCAUUUGCAUUUAUAUUCAUCUUUAUAAUGGACUUCUGAAAGUGCAUUAGACCAGGCCCCUGACCACUUCUGGAUCUUUUUAAUUUUGCAGCAGCCAUUAAAAAAAAGAAAAAAAGAAACAAAAAAAAAAAAGAAACAGAAAUCUUUUAAAGUUUCAUACACUGAAAAUUCAGAACAAAAGAAGCAGAUGAGUUAUCCAAAGUCACUCGGAAGAGAUGGUAAAUGCAAAACUGCAACCGGUGCUUUAAACAGACAUUAAGAGUAAUGUAAUUUAAAUUAAAAAAAAAAAAAAAAGAAGGAA